AGCUCAAGGUCUUUGUGACAAUGGAAACCAAAAAAUUAAUUGGUAAACCGCUUCAACCAGCAAGACCUGUUCGUCAUCUGACUUCUCCCCCAGGAGCAGUGUUCCCUUUCAACUUUCAAAAUGAAUAUCCAUGCAACACUCAGUGCAUACAAAGUGGAGUUAGCAGAUGUAAGAUGAAUGGAAUGCAAGCCUUUUCUCAAGGUCUUAAUGAGCAACAGCAACAUCAGUCUCCAGUUAAAAAAGAGAGAAUUAAAUACAGCAGAGAUUUCCUGUUGAAGCUCUCAAGUGUUUCCAUCUGCAGAAAAAAACCAGACUUUCUGCCCGAUCAUCCCAUUGUACUGCAAAAACCAGAAAACAACCAAAGUUUUAAGUAGCAUUUUAAGAACAGAUGAAUUUGAAGAUAAAGAAUUAUUCAUUUUACAGUUUGGACAUCUGCAAAUGAGGUGGAUCUAGCAACAAUAACUGUAAUGGACUGUGACAAUUCAAUUUAUUCUUAAUUUUAAUGGUUGGCUAUUUGACUUCUCUAAAAAUGAAAAAGAGCUAUUUUAAACUAUAAAUAAUUUUCCAAUCAGUUUCAGCUUUGCAGGAGGUUUCCUGCAUAAAUUGGGAAGUAACACUGGAAAGUAGGAAUUUGGUUAGUGAAGUGGGAAGACUGUAUAUUUAUAAUUUGCAUACUACUUGCAAUUUUUUGUUUUUCAUCACUUGUAAUAAUGGAAUGGAAAUGUAAGCUGUAAAGACUCUCAAAUAUAAAAUAUUUGCUACAGUGUAUAUAUGGUACAUAAUUUCUUGUUGCUGUUAAAGUUGCUUUUGUUGUUCUGCUUCCCACUGAUUUCAUACCAGCUCAUGAAUGGAUCAUUACAGUCUCUCCAGAGGCUUAGAAUGAUUCAGAAUAUUCAAUGCAUAGUUCUCAAUAAACAGGAGGGAGAAUUUUUAAUGGGUAUUUCUUUUCAGAUAUAUGAUUGGUCUCUAGGUUUUUGAUAAUAAUAUGGUCUUAAAUUCAUAAUUACUAGCAGAGAUUGAUAAUUUGGAAACAAUGGUAGUGAAUGAAACUGAAGUUGAAAAACAGCUGCUACUUAUGUCACUAAUCAGACCAUAUGAAUAGCAGAAAUUGAGCAAUUUAAAAGUAAAACUGAUAUUUUUAUUUCCAAAAGAAUUUAGACAUUUGAAAAUAAUUGACAUACAUUAAGUUUUAAUUCUAUAAUUUCUUAUAUAUGGAUGAAGAAUUUUUGGGUUUAAGCUUUUAAUUCCUAGAAAUUUUAUACAUUAAAUCUCCUGCAAUUUGUCACUCUGGAUGUUACUGUUU